UCCGGUCCGCCGCCGGCUCCUGCCCGGGCCGCCGCGCCCCCCGGGGAUGGCGGUGCUGGCCCUGGCCUCGGAGGGACUCGCCAUCUUCGGGCUCAUCCUCUUCGUCGUGCUCUGGCUCAUGCACUUCAUGUCCAUCAUCUACACACGCCUCCACCUCAAUAAGAAAGCCACAGACAAACAGCCAUAUAGCAAGCUUCCGGGUGUUUCACUUCUAAAGCCGUUAAAAGGCGUGGAUCCUAACCUGAUCAAUAACCUAGAAACCUUCUUUGAGCUGGAUUAUCCAAAAUAUGAAGUACUACUCUGUGUACAAGAUCAUGAUGAUCCAGCUAUUGAUGUGUGCAAAAAGCUCCUUGGCAAAUACCCAAAUGUUGAUGCCAGACUGUUUAUAGGUGGCAAGAAGGUUGGCAUUAACCCCAAGAUCAAUAACUUAAUGCCUGGCUAUGAAGUUGCCAAAUAUGAUCUCAUAUGGAUCUGUGAUAGUGGAAUCAGAGUAACGCCAGACACACUGACAGAUAUGGCCAAUCAAAUGACUGAA